GUGGAGACACAAGCAGGAUGUGUGGGGCGCCUGGUUGGCCGCUGGCAGCUGGGAUGACGUUGUUCUUGUUAAACGUUAACGGCUGAUGCAACGACACGUUUGCCAGAGGGUGGAGAGGUCGCGGCUGACUCCGGCCAAUGCUCCGUGGGAGGCAGUGAUUGGUUGAAUGUACGUGAGGGCAGACAAUGAGGGGCAGGAGAAGCCGGGAGUCGGUAUAAAAGGAGCGAGCGAUGGCAGGAGAUGAGAACAAGACCGACCCCGUCACCCUGUGUGGAGACUCCGGAGCUGGUAACCAACCCUGUGGAUCCUUCAAGUGUCUGAACAUGGGACUGCAGAGAUGGAUAGGAUUCAUGGUCCUUGUGGAGAUGGUGUGGCAAGUCUCCGCAACUGGAACAGGUCCGAUCUCCAGAGAAUGGGGAGAGGAAGCUAAUUUGGCCGGGCGGAACGCACGGGCCCCUCGGCAAGUCACUGAAAAUCCAACUCCACAAUGCGCUGUUAACCUCGCUCCGGAUGAGAUGAGAUGGACAGAGGUGACGGCCAGUAAGGGUGGUUCUGCUCAACUAUCCUGCAAAAUGCCCAAAGAAGACGGUGCAGCCGAUAAAUUUGUGGUGCUGUGGACAAAAGGAAAAGAUACGAUCGCCGUGUUUACUGACAGGAACGGUGCGCAAUAUCCAGGGUCACCCGGACGCAGGAAGUUCAUGAAAACAAACGUGGUUGAGACACGGGACGCCUCGUUGGUCCUGACGGGGCUGGAAGAGGAAGAUGCUGGGAAAUAUUCCUGCGCUUGGCUGGUUAAUAACGUGCCGUGUAAACUAAACACCAAGCUGGCAGUGCAGUGAAACCUCCCACUGAUUCAACACACGCCUUCAAGGGACAGGAGUAUGAUGAUUUCAGUGACUACAAAAUAAAAUGCUGUUCCUAAAUUUGGUGUUGACCUAAGUGUGUCACGUUUAUAAUGAUAGACAUUAUGGGGUGUUUGUGCUGACCUGUCUAUUGCUUCUGUCCCUUGACCAUGCAUUCACCCUAUCACAGCAUAAUCUCCUUCCUAAAAGAACGUCCUUUAAUUCUGAGGCUGUGACCUCUAGUCCUAGACUUUCCCACCAGUGGAUACAUCCUCUCCACAUCCACUCUAUCCAAGACUUUCACUAUUCUGUAUGUUUCAGUGAGGUCCCCCUCUCUCUGCUCACUCUCCCAACCUGUCCAAGUCCUCCUGUAGUGACUCUGCCCUUCCACCUAUUUGUGUCUCUCUGAAAACAAGAUGGUCCAAAGCUCGAAAGGUAAUAACUGUACGUGAUUGUGACAUUCAUACUGAUGUGUUCCUUCCCUCUGGAAGGUGACUCUGGACUGUCAAAGCCUC